CAGAAGUCUGUCCAGCACUGGGAUGACCCUGGUACCACUUCGCAGGCCAUGAACUACGAUGAAGAGGACGCCCCCGAUACCCAGGAUGGUUUCGAGGAGAGCCGGCAGCUGACGCACGAGGAGAUAUGGGACGACUCUGCGUUGGUGGACGCAUGGAAUGCUGCGAACGAGGAAUAUGAGGCUUUGAAUGGCCCCGACAAAAGCUGGAAGAAGGAUCCUGUAUUCAAAUCGCCCUUGUGGUACAACACACCCGCUAUCCAAAAGACCCCACAAGCAGGGCCGUCAUCUCCUAAUAAAAGGACGAAGACUAAGACAGCACCAGCAGAUGACUCUCAGCCUCUAAACUUUGAAAAUUUUGUCCCCAACCACGACCCCUCAUUAGCUGCCAAUGGGGCGGGCCCAACCUACGCGUCGCCAGGAAUAGUAGGGCAGGACGAAGCCUUCACUCGGGCUGUUGAAGCAUCAUACUGGUCAGGAUACUGGACAGCUGUUUACCAUUACCACCGACAUAUGCCCACGGGCAGAAACACAGAAGGUGAGGACGAACAAGAAGAGGUAACCGCAGAGGUAGAAGAUGGAAUGGUUGCAGAGGAGGACGGGGAUGACAUGAUAUCAACUCAAAGGUGACAAUGGCUCCUGAUCUCUGUGUUUUGCUCGAUCUCCCGUAAGACGUGUCUACUGUACAAAUGUCAGUAAAAUCCGAAACUUCGCGCGUCCGCUGCGUGUAUCUGCCGCAAUAUGAUCGUUUUCAAAUCUC